AAUGGAGGAUCAACUGUGUAGAACCCCCAGAAAUGCAUUGAAGGUUGACUAAACCCCUUAAAGAAAAAUCAUGUCGGAAAUAAUGUGGAGAGCUGGUGAUAACUUUGGUAGUAAUAUCACAUGUCACGCAGGCACACACACACACAUUCACACUUAGCUAAAUCGGGAGAAGCAAGGUUUUGGAGGUCCAGAGCUACGUCACUGUUAAUUUCUGGGUGAAUGAAUGGGGUUGUAGUAGGAGUCAUCCUGAAUUAAAUACAUAAACAGUGAGUGGUCAUGGCAAUGGAGGCAGACGGGCUUGGGAACAAUGGGCCCUUUGGCAGGAUGCUGGUAUCCUGAGUGUUGUGCCUGUACUUGGUGGUGAGGGGUUUUGAAGAAAAAUGACCCAUUGUCUCUCUCAUCCUGCUUCUGAGCCUGAGCAGUGAAACGAUGCCUCUGGAUGCCUGCCCAGGAUGACCUACCAGAAAGCAUAGAAUAAGCGCCUGCUUAUCCACAUGGACAGAUUCUAGUUGAAAAGCUUGUUAGAGCAACAUGAGCUGGAGCUUUCUCACUCGUCUCCUGGAAGAGAUCCACAACCACUCCACCUUCGUGGGGAAAGUGUGGCUGACUGUGCUCAUCAUUUUCCGCAUUGUGCUCACAGCGGUCGGAGGCGAGUCCAUCUACUCGGACGAGCAGACCAAGUUCACCUGCAACACCAAGCAGCCAGGCUGCGACAAUGUAUGCUACGAUGCCUUUGCCCCUCUCUCGCACGUCCGCUUCUGGGUCUUCCAGAUCAUCAUGAUCUCCACCCCCUCUAUCAUGUACAUGGGUUACGCCAUCCACAAGAUAGCCCGAACUACAGAGGAGGAUCGCAGGAAGCACCACAGGCUCCGCAAAAAGCCUCCUCCUCACACCAGGUGGAGAGAAAGCCACCAUCUGGAGGAUGUGUUAGAGGAGGAGGAAGAUGACGAUGCUGAGCCCAUGAUCUACGAGGAUGCACUGGAGGUGCAGGAGGCCAAGCCCGAACCAAUGAGCAGCACUACCAAAGACCCACCGAAACACGAUGGCCGCCGAAGAAUUAUGCAAGAAGGCCUGAUGAGAAUCUAUGUUCUUCAGCUCAUGUCGCGAGCUAUUUUUGAAAUUGCCUUCCUUGCAGGACAGUAUCUCCUCUAUGGUUUUCAAGUUAGUCCUUCAUAUGUAUGCAACAGGGUCCCCUGUCCACACCGAGUGGACUGUUUCAUCUCCAGGCCCACAGAGAAAACAAUCUUCCUCCUCAUCAUGUAUGUGGUAAGCUGUCUCUGUCUAGUGCUAAACGUGUGCGAGAUGCUGCACUUAGGAAUUGGCACUUUUCGGGACACCCUUCGCAUGAAGAGGAACCACGGCCGACGAAUGUCCUACGGCUGCCCGUUUUCUCGAAACAUCCCAGCCUCCCCUCCGGGGUACAACCUUGUGAUGAAGACAGACAAACCUAGCAGGAUCCCCAACAGCCUCAUCACCCACGAGCAGAACAUGGCCAAUGUUGCUCAGGAGCAGCAGUGCACCAGCCCGGACGAGAACAUUCCUUCUGAUUUGGCAAGCCUACACCGGCACCUCCGGGUCGCCCAGGAACAGCUCGAUAUGGCCUUUCAAACGUAUCAAACCAAAAACAACCAGCAAACCUCCAGAACCAGUAGUCCUGUGUCUGGGGGGACCAUGGCGGAGCAAAAUCGAGUCAAUACAGUCCAGGAGAAACAAGGAGCACGGCCGAAGUCAGCCCCAGAGAAGGCUGCGACCAUUGUAAAAAACGGAAAGACCUCUGUCUGGAUCUAGAGAUAAAUCUAAUUUAGUAAAUUAACAGUUUAAACUUUUACGACUCCAGGACUGCACUGUGGCACAGCUGGAGGAUGUGUGUGUGUGUGUGUGUGUGUGUGUGUGUGAGAGAGUGAGAGGGAGAGAGAUGUGACUUUGGACAAUAACAGUUGAGAAUUUCAAUCACUCUAGCUGACGUACAGUACACAAUUUUGGGGAAUUAAAAAAACACACAUGAAGAAAUGAUCAAAUCCAGUAUCACAAAUCUUGUUUGUUACUGUAGUGUGUCAUUUUGUGCUCGCCAUAGCUUCUGGACAUGGUUAACAUGUGCUUACUUACUUAAACAUCUCUAAUUCCAGCUAAAAUGUCAGAGUAUAAACAGACUGCUUGGAGCUAUUUAUCUGAUCUACCCUUGACUGCCGCUGAACUGGAUUAAUCUGAAGAAAUCUAACUUUGUGUGUGAUUGUACCCUCAAUCCAAAUUCAGAAACGCAGUGAAAAACACUGUACAAAAGCACAAUGACUCACUUCUGAAGAAUGAUGGUUAUUGUUGGAAAGAUGCAUGUUUAAUAUUUGGGGAAGUGUUUUUGGAUGUAGUAUGGAUGAGUGUUGCUGGAAGCAGAUUAAAUGUGAAAUAUUUUGAUAAAGAUAAUGAAACAGGGCUGUGUCUCUGUAGGCUCUUCUGAUAAACAUCUGCUCAGUGGGAUGAUCUUCAGUCACUGCGUGCAAAGCCUUUAUCUAUUCUAUAUUUUCCAAAGCCUUGCAGUGUCACGUUUGAAGGUGAAGAGGUAAGUGAAUAGAAAAUAUUUUCUAAACUGAUUUUCUGCAAUCCGAAGACGAUGCAUGCUUUUCAACUGGGAACAUACAGUAUACACAUAGGCUACAGUAGAAACCCCGUCCUUAGCUAUUCAAUUAGCUCUACAUUUAUCUUACGUUUAGGCAUGUUAGGUCUCGAAGAUGACCAUUUCAGUUUUUCUGUCAUUGAAGCAGUAUGUUUCUAAAAAUUGGUUUCUGAGUAAUAUUUAAUCCUGCCUUCACUGUUGUCAUAUUUCAAAGUGCCUCAAACUUUUAAAGACUGUUCUCGUAUUUUAUUCAUGAAAAAAUAAACUUGUU